CCCCUCUCUCGUGGGUAGCCCUAUCCCCUCUCCCGUGGGUGGCCCUGUGCCCUCUCCUGUUGCCUGCUCUGUCCCCUCUCCCGUGGGUAGCCCUGUCCCCUCUCCUGUGGGUGCGAGGUGCGUGUCCCCUCUCCCGUGGGUGGCUGUGUCCUCUUCUGUCCCCUGUUCUGUGGGGUUGCCCUGGCCCUUCUCCCGUGGGCUGCCCCCUGAUCCCACCCCGUGACCGAGCUGGCAGCACAGCCAGAACCGGCGGCGGCGGGGCGGGAAAGGGAAAGUGAAAGCCCAGCGCCGCGCUUUCGCUUUCGGCCGCCCCAACACGUUCCCUCGGGGCGGCGGGGCCGGGCACGGGCACGGGGCCGCGAUGGCGGAGCCGGGGGGGCCCAUGCGGCUGAAGGAAUGGCUGAUCGCUCAGAUCGACAGCGGCCGGUACCCGGGGCUGCGCUGGGAGAACCGGCACCGGACGCUCUUCCGCAUCCCCUGGAAACACGCGGCCAAGCAGGACUACCGGCAGCAGCAGGACGCCGCGCUCUUCAAGGCUUGGGCCAUCUACAAGGGGAAGUACCACGAAGGGACGGACAAGGCUGAUCCCUCCACCUGGAAGACACGUCUCCGCUGCGCCCUCAACAAGAGCACCGACUUCCAGGAGGUGCCUGAGCGGAGCCAGCUGGACAUCUCCGAGCCCUACAAGGUGUACCAGAUCGUGUCUGAUAGUGCCCGGGACGCAGAGAAGGAUGGCGACACGCAGUCCCCGGCCAGUGAGGAUCAGCAGGGCAGCACGGUGGGGAGUCCGGAGGAGGAAAGCCAGAAGGGCACGAUAGAGCCGUGCCAUGUGUCUCCACUGCCCCUGCUCUCUGCCCACCCGGCUGAGCGAGGGUACCAUGUGAGGGGAGUCUUCUAUGGCUGGAACCCGACCCACCACCACCUUCUCCCUGGACACCCAUCCUACCUCCCUGUGGAGGACGUCAACCACUCAGACUGCUGGCUCCAUGUCCGCCUCUACUACUGCGACGUGCUGGUGAAGGAGGUCACCACCCGCACGGCCGAGGGCUGCCGCAUCACCUCCCGCGCCGUGCCAGCCAACAACGAGCGCCUCUACGGCCCCUCCUGCAUGGAGCAGAUCGAGUUCCCCCCGCCGCGGGCGCUCAGCGGCAGCGGCCGGGUGGCCAGCAUGACGGACGUGCUGGAGAGGCUCCUGCCCCACCUGGAGCGGGGCGUGCUGCUGUGGGUAGCGCCCGAGGGGGUCUUCAUGAAGCGCCAGUGCCAGGGCAGAGUGUACUGGAAUGGGCCACUGGCCCCGCACAGGGACUGGCCCAACAAGCUGGAGAGGGAGAAGACCUACAAGCUGCUGGACACACAGCAGUUCCUGCAGCAGCUGCGGGGGUACCUGAGCCACGGACAGCCCACGCCGCAGUACCAGAUCCACCUGUGCUUCGGGGAGGAGUACCCCACCAGCGCCGGGCACCACUUCCAGAAGCUCAUCAUGGCCCACGUGGAACCGGUGUUCGCACGGGAGCUCUUCCAUCACGCCCAGCGCAUGGGGCCAAUGCUGCUGCGGGACUCCCCCCAGCCCUGCGCCCCCGGUGCCUCCAGCCACAUCAUCCGCGUCCUCAAACAGCUCUGCCAGCCCUGAGCCCGGGCCGGGGAGGGGGGAGAGGAGACCCCAGUCACGACAAAGCCUCGGAGCAGGAUGCGCUGCCGCCCCACAGCCCUGCUCCGGCCACGUUCCCCUGGUGCGCACAGGACGUUCGGCACUGCGGGGCUGGACACGGGCAGGCAGAGGCCAGGGGCGAGGGGGGGUGGAUGGUUGUUGCCCCCACACGGAUCGCUGUAUUUAUUCCCCGGGUGCCACCCGGGUGGGAUUUGCUGUGUGCUUGUUUGGUGAGCCCAGGGCAGAGCCAGCUCUGUCCGUGUCUCGCACCGCCAGACUCGCUGUUC